CCUUCCCUUCCCUUCCCUUCCCUUCCCCUGCCCUUCUUCGCCCUCUGGCCCGGCACCUCCUUCCUUGGGCUGUCUGCAGGAACGCCAGGUGACUCCACAGGUUGCUGUGCUUUCAAGGGGCCUUAGCAUUUUGGGGGUCAGGGAUGGCAUGAACGCAUUGUGUAAUGAAUAAUUAAGGUAGAAAUUAAGUGUGUGCUUGUAUUCAUUGAUAUUUCUUUCAUGUUAUUGAAAGCCGCAUCCACUUGUGAAUGCAUUUUCUGUAGAAAGCUGCUUACUUCUGACCUCGAAAUAGCUGAGGAGAGCCAAAACCAGCUUCUUCUGGGCAAUGUACUUGUUGUCCCAAAGCGUUGUGGGCUGCUGGGAUGGAGCUGAGGGCAGGUGGGUGUCCUGGGGUAGGGAGAGGAGGGAUUGCCUCUGGAUAUCACAGCUGGAGCUCAGAGCAUCGCUCUGGUUUCCAGGGAGAUAUUUCUCUCUAAGUGAAGUGGUCAAAAUGAUUCAGAUUAGCAGUGGAAGCUGUUGUUUUAUAUCCAGACUGAGGAGUUAGCGAUUGGAGACUGGGCCAUAGUCUUAGCUGCGAGUGUCUCUGUUUUCUUUGCUGUGAGAAAAAGAACAUCAGCAGCUGUAAUGUUUUGCUGAUUCAAACAGGAUGUUAAAUAAUACGGUUAGUAAAGAAUGCCCAAAUUUGCAAAGCUUCCCAGCAUGCGUUGUUCUCUUCAGUUUUCUUUGGGGACAGGUGGCAGUGCAGAGCAGCGCCGCAUCCGUUUGAGACGUGUUGAGUAGACGGGGGAGCAGCUUCUCUGCUUUGGUGGUUUCCUGCACAACGCUGGGAUGAAUCAGCUCGUUGGAGUUUCUCUGUGCUGCCCGCUGGUUUCCUGUCUGGGCCCUGCUUUGGUUGGUAUUUUCAACGUUGACAUUUCAGGCCCAUGCUCUGUAUUAAAAGGAGACCAGAUUCUGGAGGCCUCCUCAUGAAUUUUUCAUAUCGUUUCCCCUCCUUGCCCAUGUCUUCCAAUGAGCCGUACAACUGCUGGAAAUUUCACAGGAUGGCUAUUUUUCCCACCGACCGAAAGAGAAAAUGCGAACGGACAGCAAUAAUGAAAAUUCAGUCCCCAAGGACUUUGAAAAUAUUGAUAACAGUAACUUUGCUCCCAGGACUCAGAGGCAAAAACACCAGUCUGAGCUGGUGAAAAAACCCCUUAGCAAGCAAAAAGAGCACUUGAGAAAGAAACUGGAAGAGGAGAAGAUGAAGGAGAACGUGGUGCUGGGCAAGAAUUCCAAUGAGGUGGUGCAGUUCAGCGAUCACCCGGGCAAAAACAGCAGCAACAACAACAAUUUGAAAGAGAUUCACAGGUCUCCCAGGCAGCAUCACUUAAAAAGAAGUGGAAACAGCUCCCCUGAAGUGAGGUCCGAGCAGCCCCCGAAGUGCGAGGUGACGGGCAAAGAGGCCAUCUCAGCCAUGUCCCGGGCCAAGUCCAAGCAGUGCCGGCAGGAGAUCGCCGACGUCUAUUGUCAGCACAAGCACGGGAAGCUGAUGCCAGAGAAGGUGACGCGCUUCUGUACGCUGGAGGGAAAAGCCAACAACAAUGUACAGUGGGAUGAGGACUCCGUAGAAUACAUGCCAGCCAACCCAGUCAGGAUCGCUUUUGUCUUGGUUGUUCAUGGCAGAGCUUCUCGGCAGCUCCAACGCAUGUUUAAGGCUAUUUACCAUAAAGACCAUUUUUAUUACAUUCAUGUUGACAAGCGAUCCAACUACUUACACCGGCAAGUGCUCCAGUUUGCCAACCAGUACCCAAACGUGAGAGUCACUUCUUGGAGAAUGGCGACUAUCUGGGGAGGAGCGAGUCUGCUGUCCACCUACCUGCAGACCAUGAGGGACUUAAUGGAGAUGAAGGACUGGCCGUGGGAUUUCUUCAUUAACCUCAGUGCUGCCGACUACCCCAUCAGGACAAACGACCAGCUGGUAGCAUUCCUGUCCAGAUAUCGUGAUAUGAACUUCUUGAAGUCACACGGGAGGGACAACGCAAGAUUUAUCAGAAAACAAGGGCUGGAUCGGCUUUUCCUGGAGUGUGACACCCACAUGUGGCGCCUGGGGGACCGGCGCAUCCCCGAAGGAAUCGCGGUUGACGGGGGCUCAGACUGGUUUCUGCUCAACAGGAAGUUUGUGGAGUAUGUCACUUUUUCCAGUGAUGACCUGGUAACAAAGAUGAAGAGGUUUUACUCUUACACGUUGCUUCCUGCUGAGUCCUUCUUUCACACCGUUCUGGAAAACAGCCCCUACUGUGACUCCAUGGUGGACAACAACUUGCGCAUCACGAACUGGAACCGUAAACUGGGUUGCAAGUGUCAGUACAAGCACAUUGUUGACUGGUGUGGCUGUUCGCCUAAUGACUUCAAACCCACAGACUUCCACCGCUUCCAGCAGACUGCAAGACCAACUUUCUUUGCCCGCAAAUUUGAAGCUGUGGUCAAUCAAGAGAUAAUCGGCCAGCUGGACUACUACCUGUACGGCAACUACCCGUCCGGCACCCCCGGCCUGCGGGCGUACUGGGAGAACGUGUACGACGAGCCCGACGGCGUGCACACCCUCGGCGACGUCGCCCUCACCAUGUACCACGCGUUCUCCCGCCUGGGCUUGCGGAGAGCCGAGACUUCAUUCCACGCUGCUGGAGACAACAGCUGCCGAUACUACCCCAUGGGCCAUCCAGUUUCCGUCCACAUUUACUUCCUUGCUGACCGUUUCCAAGGCUUCCUAAUCAGACACCACGCAACUAAUCUGGCUGUCAGUAAACUAGAAACUUUGGAAACGUGGGUGAUGCCAAAGAAAGUCUUUAAGAUCGCAAGCCCACCCAGCGAUUUUGGACGGUUGCAGUUCUCAGAGAUUGGCACCGAAUGGGAUGCCAAGGAAAGGCUUUUCCGGAAUUUCGGAGGACUCCUGGGGCCAAUGGAUGAGCCGGUUGGCAUGCAGAAAUGGGGCAAGGGCCCCAACGUCACCGUCACUGUCAUCUGGGUGGAUCCUGUUAAUGUAAUCGCAGCGACGUACGAUAUUCUUAUAGAAUCCAGUGCCGAAUUUACUCACUACAAACCACCUUUGAAUUUGCCCCUGCGACCCGGUGUCUGGACGAUAAAAAUUCUGCACCACUGGGUACAGGUAGCUGAAACCAAAUUCCUCGUUACUCCCCUCACCUUCUCUAAUCGGCAGCCUAUCAAACAAGAGGAAGCCAUGAAGUAUCACAGCGGGCCUCCAAAGAACGCCUACAUGGAGCAGAGCUUCCAGGGCUUGAACCCCGUCCUGAAUAUCCCCAUCAGUGCCGCCCAGCUGGACCAGGCCAAGAGGAACGCGGGGCUGGUGGGCGCCCGGCUGGACGCCUGGGUGGACUCUCUGGUGGGCAGCGUCUGGUCAGCCGUGGACAUCUGCAGCACCGGCCCCACGGCCUGCCCCGUCAUGCAGGGCUGCGCUCAGACAGCCUGGAGCUCCCUGAGCCCCGACCCCAAAUCUGAGCUGGGCCCCGUCAAACCCGACGGUCGUUUGAGGUAGCACCCGCUCUGCUCUCAUCCGGCAUAGGUUUUUAAAAGGGAAUUUAACCUUGCUCAUUUGAGAACCUCACACCUGAUUUCAGAAAGCUAAGGGAACAUUAUAUUUUUUUUUUGUUACUUAUUGCAAUAUAAUUCAUUUUUAAAAAAGGAAAAAAAAACGUUCUGACAAGGCCUUUGGCACUGCCCUCUCCAUCGGCUCUGCGGGGGGCAGCUCCGGGGCUCCGCAGCCACUGCCGUCCUCGGGACCCGCACACCCCUGCGGGUUCCAGCGCAGGACAGCAGGCCAUGGGGAGGGCAGUGAGGGAGCAGCUGCUAAAAGUGGUUUUAAAAAUAAAUUUGUGUGUACCUCUGCUGUUUCAUAGGCUUUCGUUACUUUGCUACCAUGAAUAAAUCACAGCAAAAUGCCCUUCUACUUAGGCUUCCUGGGGAGGUUGGUUACUGCAGGCUGGAGCCUGCAUGGCUGCGUUACCUCACAGGACACAAAAUAACUAUGGUACAGCCUCACUCACCCUCACACUUUUGUGUUUUUAAUAACACAGAGUAAUUCUGGACUCAGUUAAUGUCUCUUGUUAUCCUAGUAUAAAGUAAAUGAGCAAAAGCAGAAACUUUCAGAUUCUUUUCAGAGAUUUUUUUAGACUAAUUUCAUGAUAAACUCUAAAUGGGGCCAGUGUUUUGCUGUAUUAGUCUUUCACGUCUCAUGCAGUCGUGUUCAGGGUCUGUGUACUGUGAUUUUGGAUUUCAGCCCUUUCAAAUGUGCAGGGUUUUUUCCAAGCCUACCAGCACCAAAGCAUUUUCACAGACUUACACAACAGCACGUGUGCGUGUGUGUGUGUGUGUAGGCUGGGGCUGGGUUGUGAGGUCUCUGCUCAUUUUGCUCGUGAGCUGGGCCCAGGUUUUCCUCAGGUGGUAGAGUUGCACGGAACCAGUAAAAUGGUGGAGUUGGGACCUAAAUCUGCAACAGCAUAUUUUUUUCCCUAAUUCGAGUAGUAGCUACUUAACACUAAUUCCCUCCCUUGAUCUGCCAGCUCACAGGAAGGAGAGCGGUGCUGGUUUCUCAGUGCUUUAUUCUGUCAACAAGCUCUACCCUUGCCUUGUCUUCAGAAUCCUAGCAGGCUGCAUCCUCUUUUAAAUAGGCGUCAUUUUAAGCUGCAUUUUCUCCAGUAGGAAAAAUAUUCUUUCACAUUCCAAGAACUUUUUAAAAUCUAGGUUUUAUAUGCAAAUUCAUCUCCAACUAAUGCAUUUUACAUUAGCAUAAAACAUGCACUUUGUUGUUGUUGUUGCUGUGGUAAUCUCUUGUUAACAGCAUAACCCAAAAAGGCUAUUAAAAGCUAUUCGGGUUAAUUAGGAAAAAAACCUGUUGAUGUAAUAAAGUAAGGUAGCUGUUUACCCUUCUGUGGGUAUGGCUGACUUUCUGCUGAUGACAGUUAAGCCUCCACAUCAGGAGGGAAAUAGACCCUUAAAUCAUUCCGUAAUUACAUCUCACUGAAAGGUUGAAUUCCCUUUUAAACAGCAGUUGCGAGAUGACCGUAACACACAGAUCCCAGAGCCUUGUCGUAUCUCUCUCCAUAGUAUUGGUUUAAAGCUACUUGCAGUUUGCUUUGGACUUGAAAAUGCGGUGUCAGCUGUGCUGGCAUUAAGGCAGAGCAUUGAAAUGUUUAUCUGGCACAAAAAUGGAUGCAUAGAAGGAACGAUUUAGGUAUUUAUUAUUUAUGUUUUAGUCAAUGACUAAUUAGUAGGUGCUGCUUUUGCAGCUUGAAGAUUAUGUUAUCUUACUAACUGAAGCUGCCUUUAUUAAGAAAAGGCCUUCCUCCCCUCACACCUCCCUUUCUUUUUUUGUCUUGAUAUUGCCAGUCGCAAGAGCCGUAGUUUUAGUAAAGCUUGUAGCAACGAGAGCUGGUUGAAAUACUUCAGUCACGUUGAUGGUCUGGCUUCUCAACCAGCUCUAGAGGCGUAUUUAAAACUGGGGUUGCCAGCAGGUUUAUAUAAUAGAAACACAGUGUUAUGACUUAUUCAGUAGGGUUUUUUUUAACAGUGCUUGUUUUUAAUCUAACAUUCCUUCAUGAAGUUCAGAUUUUCUGGGGACCUCCAAUCCUCACUGUGAAAUCCAGGGCUUUAGUCACACUGAUGCGAUGGCAACUGCAGGGUUCAGGCCCUGCAGGUGAAGUGAAGAACAUCGUAUUGCGGGCACACGGCAACAGUCCUGGGCCGUGGUUGUUCUCAAUAAUGACUUCAGUGUAGUUGCAGAAUCUUCAGUCUGUCUUGCACAUCAGUAUAAGGAUGCGCCCAUGCACACAUGCGGAUAACUUGGGGUUUAAAUUUGAUCCAGGAAUGUUUUUAAGUGCUUUGUUGGUAAAUUUUCAUUAUUGACUAGACCAAGCAGAAGGUGGGAACAAUUCCAUCUUUUGCGGUUAGAAGAAAAUCUGCCACUUUAAUAACUUAAAACGGAAGGUGCAAAAUAUUUCAUUUUAGUACAAAAAAGGGAAAGAAAGCAAAUGGUUGCUGAUACAUUUAUUUACGUUACAUGCUUGGUUUGAAAUAUCUCAAAACAAAAUUUAUAUUAGCUUGUUUUUCUGAAAGACAAAAGGCGUCUGCACGAAGUUUUGUAGCAAGCUGGGAAUGGCAGCGCUGCUGGUGAAACUGGUGUAAAACUGAGGGGGCUGGUCCUGAAGUGCUUUCUCAGCCAAAACUUCCACAGAGCGCUGGUUCUGAGUAGGGACUUCAGAGUCCAGUCCACCGUCAGUCAGAGGCGUGACAGCGUGCCGUGAGGAAACACUGUCCGUGUUCCGAGUCGUCAAAGGAUGAGCUGCCGUGUUUGGAACACCUUGUUGGGGCAGUGGCAUUUCAGACCUAAAUGCCAACCUCUACUAGAGCUAUUAAUAUGCAGACACAGCUGCAGAAGUUGUAUAUGGGACACUGUGUCUGAGUUACAAAGUGCUGUAGGUGUGAAGGAAGGGCUGCUCCAUGCUGACGUCGGUAGCGCUGCUCAGCCCGACGUCCUGCUGGCAGUGGAGCCUGUGUGGGAUGCUGGGGAUGGUUAGAAGAGAAUAACUUCACAGAUCUUACAUUUGGUGAAAAGGAGAAUUCGGAGCAGGGGCCCACAGUUUGUACCAAACAAGCAAGUUACGCAUCUUCCAGUGUGCAAGUGUUAUUUUCCAAUCCCACCGCCCAGUCUGUGCAGAAUGGGACUCCAGCUGCAGUCCAGCUGUGAUCCACAUUCCUUCCCGUGGGAGAGGCUGCGUGUCAAUGUGCACACAUUUGUCCUCUGUACGUAGCGCUUUGCUGGUUUAAAUCCCCUGCCCGUUCUGUGCAGUGGCCAUGUAACACUUCUCUGGUCAAUCGGUAUUGCACAGAAAGGGAAUGUGGCAAAAUGCAGAACAUCUACAUAUGUGAUUUAAUGAAUCAUGUCCAAAAUCAGUCAGUGUUAUACAAACCCGUUUGUAUGGUAAUGUUAAACCUUGAGGCUAACAGAAAUGGCUCAAAUGACAGUUCAUUUUUAGAUGUGUCCAAUUCUUUAUUUGAUGACAUUUAGACAUCGAGUAGUAAUAUUUAUAUUUUCAUUUUCUGAUAUUCAGGGGUUUUUUUAGAAUUGAAAUUGUGUCUUUAUGUUUUGUGCUCUCAGCAAGCAAAGAAUUUUAACAAUUUCUCCGUGCUAGCCAGUGUUAUACAGGGAAGUCCGUCUGUAUCUCUGUUGUUAAGUUUCCAUUAUUGCUGAGCCUAGAAAUCAGGCAUGUGCAUUCGUGUGUUACAAACUGCCUUUCCCAGGCAGUGGCUUUAGUGCACAAUGCAUGUGCACUUGUUUAACAGCGUAUUAACAGUGCUGCUGCAGCACCUUCAAAAGGACCAACUAAUGUGUAUUCACCUUCUGUCCAUCUCCUACAGCACUAAUUGCAAUACUAAUGAAGUCUCCAUCACUCUUACCCACAAUUAAAGGGAACAGAGUAGUGAAGUCAGUGAAUCAGAACUGGGAUGUUCUAAAAUGACCAAAGGGAGAGGUGAAGGGUAAAGACGAUGCUGAAACUUUGCAAAAGUUUCACACAACUGUGCCGCAACAAAGCUUUGACCAAACUCAGCAGCUUCUGCACAGCAAGGCUGAGAAACACUGAUAAUCACAAGAUCUCAGCUUUGACUUCCCAGUUAAAGAGAAAACGAGAUCCAGGUUUUUACUGUGGCCAGGCAACGCGGACCAGCUCUGUGCUGAUCUCCCCGGUUCUCUUUCAUCGCAGCUGUUGGAGCGGCUGUCACAGCCUCCUCCGCGUCUGCCCAGAUCCCAAAACUGGCAGAGCUGGCCACACGAAACCUUGGCCAGCUCAACCACUUUCCAUGGAGUGGGAAGUUUUGUACUUUUGUGAGCCAAACCCCUCAGGCUUCUUCAGAAACCCCAGCUGCAGAUCAGGAAAGUUUGCUUUUCAGAGCAGCCUUCGGUCAGCGCGGUGAAGGAGUCAGGGAGAGUGACAGCGAUGAUCUUUUCCUGAUUUUCAGGCAGGGGCAUUAAUGUAUGUAAUAGUAGUUGUGGUUAUUUCAGCAACAGAGCGAGACUAUCUGGAAGAAAGUGGUGGGUGGCAUUUCUCACUGUCCCUUGCGUCAGGCUGGUUGUGAAAAGCGAAUGCUCCACAUGUGCUUUUAUUUCAACCAUUCACGGUCUCCAAGAUAGUCCUGAGGAUUCAUAGGAUGUUAGAAUAAAGCCGUAUUAAAUGACAAUUGAAAACAUUAUGUAAAAAAACCUUUCCAGACCAAACCCUUAAGCUUCUCCCAAGCCAGCUCCAGGGCUGGUGGCCACAGAGAGGGCCGGAGCGAUGGAGGGGACAGGACAGGACAGAUGGAGGGGACAGGACAGGAGUGAUGGAGGGGACAGGCCAGCAGUGACGGAGGGGAUAGGACAGCAGUGAUGGAGGGGAUAGGACAGCAGUGAUGGAGGGGACAGCACAGGAGAGAUAGAGGAGACAGGCGGGCUUAUAGGAGCCAAACGAAUGUGAAAUAGGGUGAAAGGCAGCCAGGAAGCAUUUGUACGGAAAGAACCUUUUUUCCUGUAUACUCUUCAAGAGUGAGCAAAUGCUCAGCUCUGUAAGUCCCUUGGAAGGUGCGGAGUGCAGGAGUCUGGCCUCGAACACCAUCACUGCCAGCCCAGGGAGGGAAGGAAGAACCGGGCUGAGCGUGGUCAGAACUGAGGUAACAAGGUCUUGCAGCCCGUGACACCAAGGGCCAUGGCAGCGUCAGGCUGUCCCCAGCUAAGCAGCGAUUAACCCUCGUGAUGUGAUACUGCAGGUACCAUGUUGAUUUCAUUCCUUUAUACCACCAGUAGUGUGUAGGUUGCGCUCUGCUCUUUGCUUCUGCCUUGGUUACCUUCUUUUGCUCAUGGGUGCUAUCACAGCUGCUACCUCACUGUGUCUGCAAACACGUUUACCUGAUCACAACAACAAAAGGUACCAGAAAUCUCCUUGAACUGAAUGUACAAUCUAUGCAAAUUCUCUUUCUACUUUGUUAAAACCUAGAAGUAUUACUUGUAACCUUGCCAAAUAAACAGCAAGAUACUGUACAGGUGCCUCUGAUAACAGAGUGACGAUUCUAGGCGCGGUUCAUCGCGCUGCAUUUGUAUAUUGUAAUGACUUGUCUUUGGUUCUGUUAUAAUUAACACCCUUGACUGAGAAGACAGCAACCUCGCUAGGGGAGCACCUUCAGUUUGCUGGGAAUAUUCUGGAGGAGAAUGUCUAUGGCAUUUCAUUUGAUUUUCCUGCUUACACCCAAAAGAAGGCACGGACCUGCUGGCCAAAGUUAGGAUGUCGUUUCAGCUUUUCCUUGGGUGGAUUCGAUCAGCUUUGGGUCUGUCCCCAUUGUGGCAUCCAGCGUGUUGCCCCUCACAGAAAGCCUUACUUCCAUCCUUUCUAAAUGUGGCCUUAAACUGUGUUAGGGAUUUGGUGUUGUUUGUGUCUCGCUCACUUUUUCUGUUUGUUGUGGAAGGAAUAAAAGGCACCUUGAGGUUUCUAUUACAGCUCAGUUGUGUUGCUGUCAGCUUACACUUCACAAAUACAAUAGAAAUUGCUUACAAAUGCAGUCUUUAGUGGAAGAAAAUGACCUUCCCUUUGGGCAAAAGGAAGGCUCAAACGGUCGUAUAAACCUUAGGAAAUUAUGAGCUCUGUCUUUUGCAACUCACUGUAGAUAAGGCAGGUUGAUUUAAUUACCUACAAAGUACAAACUUAAAAACUUUUAAUUUCUCUUCAGACUAUACGAGAGCAGACAGCUCUCAGAUGCACAGGACGAAUUCUGGGGUAAUUUUGCCGUGAUGUAAUAGCAUUCCUCUCGGGUUUGUACUGGUAGCUGGGAUCCAUCAGUGGUAGGGUCUUAAAAUCUGAAGAACUUACCACUUGGGGCCAGAUUUUGAGUGAUGGUUGGGAAUCUAACAGUGCACGUAGGAAAGGGAGUCCGGUUGUAUCAUCAAAGUCAUAAAUGCAUUUCCAAAAAUCCAGCUUUUGGAGUUUCAUCCAAAGGUUGUCAAAAUCAGCAGAAGCCAAGGAUUCCUGCUAAGGCUUCUAUCUCUUUGGUUUCUUUAAUACUUCUGUCCAUGGAGAAGUGUCCUGUUCAGUCCCCCAAUAUUCCCGGCAGGCUGCAGUGCUUUUAGGAAUCCCAAAUCCUGUCCCGGUUCGCGAUGCGGAUACAACCCAAAGGCAACUGAAAAGGGUUUACAUAGACACCGAGAUUUGCGAAACAAAAACAAUUAAUUCGAGUUAACGAAAUGGCUUUUCUGACUUUGUCGUUUUGGUUUUGGUUUGGGUUGAUUGGAUUUUUGUAUUGCCUAACAUAGUCCAUAAUAAGUUAUUCCUGUUCUGUCAUUUUCAAAGACUGGUGGUAAUAUAGUUUUAAGAAAUAACUAUUUUGUUAUAGAUCAUUAUAUGCAUAAAACUGUACAGAAAUAUUUUGUAAGCUAUUGAAUAAGAAAAAAGAAAACCAUGUAUAUACAGCAAAGCUUAAAAAAUUAAAUUGGAAAUUCAAAUGGAACACACUGAAAGAUGUAGAUAUUUUGCUAUUUAUUUAAAGGAGUAUUUUAUGAGAUAUUGAAAUGUCUUAAAUUGACCAGUAAUCAAAGUUCGAAGUCAGAAUGCUUUCCUUGUAGUAGAAUGUGAUUCUCAGCAAUUAUUGCACUACCCGGUUUUGCACCCUUUUGUCUUUCAUUUAGCAGAAAACAAUGUGCCUUAGCUGUAUUCUUUGUCAACGGGAGUUUGGUUGUUUUUGUCCGACAAAGCAAAUUUUUUUGCAGAAAAAGAAAUGGAUGUAUUAAAUACUGUAUUAUACCAAAAACACUGCAGUUGUACAUAAGUGCUUUCUGUCAUACUGUGUUUUCAGAUGCAGAAUUUUAAAAUAAAAUUAAAAAAAAAAAAAAGGCUGUCUUUAGGAA